UGAGGGCUGUACAGAGGCACUUCGCAGGGUGCCCAAGCCGCCGGGCCUGCUCCACACGGGGCUGAGGAGGGGCCACCACGCGCGGGCCUUGGUAAGUGCCUGUUCUGGCUUCCACCCUGGUCAGGUCCCCAGGCCCCUUGGUGCCCUCCUGGGAGCAGCUGAGGGUUGGGGUCUGGGAGGACCAGGUUAGCCAUCCCAGACCCUCUUACGAGCUAAGCCCACUCCCCCUGGGUCUGGGCAGACUGGCCCCCCGUCUCUAGAGACACCCCACCCCAGCAGCUCUGCUAAGAUCCCAGGAAGAAGACCAUGAUCCGAUGGCAGGGACAGUUGGAGGGGAGGGGUGGAGAGCCAGGGAGAAGUGGAGUGGGGGCAGUCAUGGGACAAAGCAACCUCUCCCUGCCUGCUGACCCCUCCCCUGCCUAUCCAGCCCCUCAGGGGACAAAGCUCAGCAGUGGAUGGCUAGGGGGGCACCAUCUGAGACAGUGGCCUGUGCCUUAGAGGGCCUAGGGUGUGACCUCAGGACCUCCCUAGGUCCCAAGUUCAGGCUACGGUGACCACAGCAGGCCCUUGGCCUGCUCACAACUCCCCUGCCCCUCCUCACCGGCCAUGCUCAGCUACCGUUUGGGUCAUCUUCGCCCACUCAGGUACUCACGGGGCCAAGCAAAGCACACCUCCUUCCGUGUCACGAGGAGCCCCCCUUCAGAGGCCUACCUGCGGCUUCGCAGGAUGGGGCCACAGGUGCCCUCAGCCCCUCCUGCCCUCUGGGUCCUCGGGUGCCUUGCCCUGUCCCUCUGGCUGUGGACACUGUGCACGGCCUGCCACAGGAAGCGGGUGCAGAGGCAGCGGGCCAGGCCCCAGGGCGGUGUGAUGCCAGCGGAAGCGUCACUGCUGAGACGACACCACUUCUGCACCCUCAGCAAGUCGGACACAAGACUGCACGAGCUGCAUCCGGGCCCUGCUGGCUGCAGAGCUCCGCGGCCUGCCAGCAUGGAUAUCCUGCGCCCACAAUGGCUGGAGGUGCCCAGAGGCACCAGCAGGCCUAUGGCAGCCUUCUCACACCGGGAACUGCCCCAGGCAAUGCCUGCUGCCACCUCACCCUCCAUCUGCCCCGAGGCCACCUAUUCCAAUGUGGGGCUGGCUGCAAUCCCCAGGGCCAGCCUGGCAGCCAGCCCUGUGGUGUGGGCAGGGGCACGGCUAACCAGCAGCUGUGCCAGGCCUGGGCCUGAGGCCAGACCUGAGGUGGCGGAGUAUGCUUGUAUCCAGAAGCUCAAGGAAACAGAUCAGGGCCCCCAAAGCCUGGGGCAGGGGAAGGCCAAGCUGACCCCAGCUGUUCAGGUGGACAUCCUGUACUCCAGAGUCAGGAAGCCUAAAAAGAGGGACCCAGGACCUGCCACAGACCAGCUGGACCCGAAGGGCAGGGGAGUAAUUCCGCCUCUGGGAAGUGACCAGUCCUACGAGACCCUCCCACUCAGGGGCCUGGGCAAGGAUGAUGGCCUCCUGGAAAAUGUGUAUGAGAGUAUCCAGGAGAUGCCCGCCCCCUCCGCCCCAGCACCUGGAGCCCUCCUGCUCUAGCUGUUAGCAUGAGUGCUCCUUUGCAGGCUUCCCCAGCCUCAACCUAGGGAGGGGUCUCCAACUCCCCAUCUGCCUGGAACGACCAAGUAUAGAGUUCCUCCUUCCAGAGUACUGCCCAACGCCCAUUCCCUAUCCCCGCCCCCCGAAGUUGGCAGCACAAAGUCCAGAUCCCAAGGCUUCCAGCCUGUGAGGUCCCUGGGGGUCCUGGCUGCCGUGGCCUCUUAGCCUCUCCCAAGGUCUUAAUAAAUCCCCAGCGCAGGGAGGAUGAAUACA